CCAGUAGUCGGUCGUCGUCACCUGCGCAUGGGGACACUACUAUUGCGCACUCACCAUUGCCUGACUACCUUGCUCUGCGGAAGAUGCACCGGCCUGACAAUUUCAGGUGGCCUCUGGUCGACGGAUACCAGGUCGCGCAGCUAACAGAUGACAUGGGCCGGCCAAUGCCCAUCGAGCGAAUCGUCAUUGGCGCGAGUGGGAAAUUCGUCGCUGCGCUCACCCUCGACAACCGCAUCCGCGUCUGCGCGACAUCGACCCGGAAGGAAGUCAGCAAGCUAGGCCACUCGAAGCAUGUCGCCGAUUUUGGCUUCCUGGACAAUAGUGAGGUCAUAUAUGCUCUGCACGACGAUGGCCAUGUCAAGUGGGAGAAGACGAAGAAAAGGGACAACGACAGGUGGAAGCGGGCGGCCAUCCAUGGUACGGAUUUCGGGCAGCAUCCAGCGUCGGCGGUGUGGCAGGGACGCAUUGCGAUAUCGGAGAGAAAUGGCAAUGUGAGGUUCUGGGUUCUGAAAAAGUACAACGGCCGCUGGCACGAACCGCAAAAGCUCUUCAACCAGCCCAGGAUCACUGUGAUGAAGUUCGCGGAGAAUGGCGAGGCACUGGUUGGCGGGACUAGCGACGGUCUUCUGUGGCACUUCGGCAUGACCAGCGGCACCUUGCGCACGCUGCACGUCUUCGAGCAGGCAAUCACGUCCAUCGACAUCGAUCAGGUUCAGGGAAGCGGGCGCGCGCUCGUCAGCCUCGCGAACGGGCACGCGGUGCUGUACGACCUGCGGCCCGGUGCGGCGGGCGUCGAGCGGGUGUACGCGCCUGAAGGACGGCCGGCAGCGCCAUCUUUCGGCGCGCUCUUCGCGGCAGGGGGCAAGGCCGUCGUGCACGGCACCGCGCGGGGCUGCGUCCUGGUGUGGGAUACGGCGAAGGCGCAGGUGGUUUACGGGAUGAAUAAUAGUGAAGACGACCCGAUUACUUGCGCGGCGGCUUUCGAAGGCGACGGGGAGAAGCCGGGAUUUAUUGUUACCGGGUCGAAAGGCGGCCAACUCGUUUGGUGGGCGCAGCCGAGUUCCUCGAAACGACGUGCGGAGUGAUGAUAGCAAGGCGUCGACGUCGUGCAAUAUGGCUUGUAUGCUUUUCUUGCGUAUUAUAUGCGCUUUUUUGUACUGUAUACAUAUGCAGCUUCUUGGCGAUUCUAACCGCGUUUAUGCGCACAACAUGCAGAAGACAUUUGCA